CAUAACGUUUAUUCAACAGCUAACAUCAGUAUUGGAGUAACUUUAUUUGCUCAGGUUGGACUACUCUGGUACAGGAAAUAAUUAAACAACUUUUUUAAAAAAACAUACAGCGCAAAGGAUUAAAUUGAUUAAAAUCGUAUUUUUUUAUAAUAACAAAAUUAGUUCUUAGGGGAAAAAAUCGAAUUUUUUCUAAGCUAACGAAGAUAACAAAAAAAAAAACUUGUUAACAUUUGUUUGUAAAUUUGAAUUGAUGAUUAUAUUAUGAAGUAACUAUUAAUGUUUAAAAAUGCAUGCAGCUGUAGAUAUUGAUAAAAUUUAUUAGUAAUACGUGGCUGAACACUCUUUUCAAAUUCCAUCAGUAAUUUUGAUGACGUUAUUUAAAAUACACAUUUUUUACUGAGAGACAAGGGCUUUCAUUUUGAGAAAUACACAUGGUUUUAUUUCUCACAAAUAGACUGAUUCUAAAAUAACUGAAAAUCAGAAAGAUAUACUUAAGCACUUUACGGUGUUUUAAAUUUGUCAUUGUGAUUUAAGUACUUUACGGUGAUUUGAGUACUUAAAAGUGAUCUAAGCACUUUAUGGUGAUUUAUUUAAGUACAAUAUAGUGAAUUAGGUACUGUAUAGUAAUUUAAAUACUGUAAAGCGAUUUAAAUACUGUAAAGUGUUUUAAGUACAGUAUUGUGAUUUUAGUACUGUAUAGUGAUUUAAGUUAUUUGCAUUUUGAUUAAAGUAAGAAAUUGAUCUUAAUUGAGAACUUUCCGGAAUUAUAACCGAAAGAAAUGGACUUUGAACAGUACAGGAAACAUGGAAAGGAAAUGGUAGAUUAUAUAGCCGAUUAUUUACAAAAUAUACGUAAUCGCCGAGUGCUUCCGAAUGUAAAACCUGGAUAUAUGCGGCAACUGGUUCCCGACACCGCCCCGCAUGAAGGAGAAGACUGGAACGUUAUAAUGAAUGACAUUGAAAGAGUGAUAAUGCCGGGUAUUACACAUUGGCAGAGCCCCUACAUGCACGCAUAUUUUCCCGCCCUAAACAGUUUCCCGUCGCUACUUGGCGAUAUGCUGGCUGAUGCUAUUAACUGCAUAGGAUUCACGUGGGCAUCAAGUCCGGCCGCCACAGAGCUGGAGACGAUUGUAAUGGACUGGCUUGGCAAGAUGAUUGGCUUACCGUCAGAGUUCCUGCAUAGUAACAAGCAGACGAUGGGAGGCGGUGUGAUACAGACGACAGCUAGUGACUGUACGUUUGUAACAUUGUUGGCAGCACGAUCGGAUGCAAUCAGACAUUAUCGUGCAAACAAUGAGGAUCUGGAUGAUGCCGAAGUUAAUGCGCGACUUGUAGCUUACUGCUCCGAUCAGGCGCAUUCAUCAGUAGAGAAGGCGGGUUUGAUUGGCUUGGUGAAGAUGAGAUUUUUACCAAGCGAUGAACAUCUAAGUCUGCGAGGUGACACACUACAACGUGCAGUAGACGAAGACCUGGCAGCAGGACUCAUACCAUUCUACCUCUGUGCUACAGUUGGGACAACUGGCGCAUGCGCAUUUGAUAGUUUAAAGGAAAUCGGACCGAUCUGUGAAGCUGAAGGUAUCUGGAUGCAUAUAGAUGCUGCAUACGCGGGCACAGCGUUCAUAUGUCCUGAAUACCGGCACUUCAUGUCCGGAGUCGAGCAUGCGCAGUCGUUUGCUUUCAACCCUUCGAAAUGGAUGAUGGUGCAUUUUGAUUGUAGUGCUAUGUGGGUUAAAAACAGUGGUGCCCUGCAUAGGACAUUCAACGUUGAUCCUUUGUAUUUAAAACACGAAAAUUCGGGUGCUGCUAUAGACUAUAUGCACUGGCAAAUUGGGCUGAGCCGAAGAUUUCGAGCAUUGAAAUUAUGGUUCGUAAUUAGAUCAUUCGGAGUAGAGGGCCUACAAAAACACGUUCGUGAGGGCGUGCGAUUAGCUAAAUAUUUCGAGGCAAAAGUGAGGAGCGACACACGUUUUGAGAUUCCUGCCGACCGCCAUCUUGGAAUGGUUGUUUUCCGGGUCAAGGGCGACAAUGCACGUACUGAAAUCCUACUUCAACGGUUAAACAGAACGGGUAAAUUGCACAUGGUCCCGGCCGCCAUUAAAGGAAAAUACAUCAUACGUUUUACUGUGACGUCACAAUAUACCACCGAGUCGGAUAUUGACCGGGACUGGAAAAUUAUCCAGGACAUUCAUUCCAAAAUACAGCGUGAUGAGUCAGAAUCUCUUGACGAUGACGUUUUUGUGGAAACUCACGAGAAGGAACCAGUCAAGGAGAGUGACCAGACAUCUUGGAAGAAAUCUCGAGAAUUCGGAAUGUCUUUGGUUUUAAGCAAUGUAGUUCCAAUGUCUCCGAAACUUAUCAACGGAAGUUAUGCGGCGUUCUUUGACAACAUGGUAGAGUUCGCCAAGGGGAUCACCAGUACAGAAUAUACCGGAAGACCUAUUCGACUGUCACCUAGGAGGCGCGUGCAUCUUCGUGACCAAUCAAAACAACAGAGCCUCGAUAUCGAAUACCUCUCUGGCAAUAGGAACCAUGGUUGUUUCAAACAAGGAUCGUUAGAUAGUAAAGUGGAAGAAAUUCUAGAAUCGUACUCAAACGGAAGUUACGUCAUCAAGUAUCCGAAUGACCUAUCGGCUCUAAAUGAACACGAUGAAGGAGAGAAUCAGCUGACAAUUGCCGUACCUGAACGUAAGAUAGUCACAUACGGAGACACUGACAAGAAAAAGAAAGUGGAGACCAGAGACGCUUCAAAUGGUGUGAGAAUGUUUUGCAAACAUUGUGGACACCCCGUUGAUGUGGACGACUGAAACAAAAUUAGGACCUUAGUGAAAUAUAAGUAUAUAUAAAUGUAUGUCAUUACUACUAAUUUAGAAUGUAAUUGGUUUUAUAUAUAGCAUGUGUGGAUUGGGUGGUAAAUUCGGUAAAUUUAAGGUGGUUUUCAUCAAACUCGCUAG